AUGGAGUGGCUCGCUUUCGAACCUGAGCAUGCACUGAUCUUCGCACAUGCGCAACCACACCGUUCAUCAAGAGAUAGCAAUGGCCUUCCAAAGGACGAGGACGGGAAGAUGGAAAAUGUUUUUAUUGGUCAAGAAGCAAUAAACAGCCAUUCACAACUUCCUCUCGGGCCACAGAAGGCAGACGAAGAAGCCAAGUAUGGCUACCUUCACACGUAUUCACCACAACGUCCUCUCCACCUACUCUACAUUGACGGUCUUUCCGCAGGUAAGACCUCUAAUGGCACCCUCGACACACAAGAUAUGCUUCUCCUGAACUUCACCGACUCUAGAACCCCCAUGGGCAGAGAGUUAGAACGUGCCCAUGGUCUUUGCAACUUGACCGCGACACUAUGGGAAGGCAAGAUUGAUGGCAUACUACGCAUGGAAGGUGGCUUCGAGAUCAUUCUUUGUGACUUUUCAAGGCAUGUACAGCGGAUACAUGUGAUUCCCGUAUCGGCAGAGGAGCCGCAUAACGGAUUUGCAGCUGGGCCAGAAGGCUGGCCGUAUCUCAAAGCCGUGACUUCCCGUUACCAUGGUAUUGGCGGUGAUCGAGUGACUCUGGAUCACGAGAAUUUUGUCAGCGUCUUUGCAUACCCCGAUAUGGACGGCUUGUUCGUCAACGACGUGCAAUCAGACUAUGCAAUGCCGAGGUUGCAAAAUGUUAGCGACUCUGACCGUCUCCGCGUAAAAGACGACGUUACAGCUAUGAUACUACACAAGGACUGGAGCAAAGAAAGAAGGUCACGAGAUUGGCAGGCUGUCGCCGACAUGGUGGUGCAGCGGUACAGCAAGCCUCUUCACUUUCUAUAUACUUCCAAAGCCGUUCGAGAUGACAAGGACUCACUUGUUGCGUAUCUCGAGUCACAACUUCGUCCCUUUAUUGACCCUACCGAUCGCAAUGCAACACUCGAAACACAACGUUGUGUCGCGCAGGUUGUGCCUAGGCUUCCUUCUACUUCGCAAUCGUCAGCCUCUCUCGCGCACCUCGUACUCUACACGUUCGCUAAUCACAUCUGUGACACACUUCUGACCGCCCUGUUAAUCACUUCCCCGCCACAGUCGCACAUGCGUAACCAAGCUAUGGAGCUGAUCGACAGACUUGUCGAGUAUCUGCAGUGGACCACGUGGAAGGACUGCGGAGGAUGUACAGAUGAGGAAAUCUGCUUUAUCCCCAUGUGGCCUUUGGGAACACACGAGGACCACGCACAUCCGCAGUGUCGAAGCGAAGGGCAGCUCGGUACAGGCUAUUGGGGCUCCAAGAGAGGUCGACGUGGUCAGGGAAUGAUACGAGGGGACACACAGGCAUGA